GGGAACCCGGCUACUGGUUUGGUUUCAUGUGCGCACGCACGGUCGCACAACCCACCCACACACACACGCGGACACACGCAGCCGCAGUCAGACAGCCCCUCCGCCGACACGUCGGCGGGGAAAACAAACUCUCUCUCCGCUCCCAGAGCGACGAACGGCCGCCGUGGAAGUGAAGUGGACGCGAUGUUACACGCGAGUGGCUCCCGUUCAGCGUGACGAGACAAGCGGGGAGAGGCGUCUCAAAGCGGGACACGUCGGAAGUCGUGUUCUCUCCACCUUUACUCUUCGCCAGCUGUUGUGAUUCCUGAUCACUUCGGAGAUGAGUGCCAAGUCAGCCAUCAACAAGGAGGUGUUCACACCCCACGACGAGAAGAUGCUCGUUGCUGUGCAGGUGAAGCGGAGGACCAAGAAGAAGAUCCCCUUCCUGGCCACCGGUGGGCAGGGGGACUACAUGACCUUCAUCUGUGUCUCAGUGACAAACAAGAAACCCUCUCAUGUAUCCAUCACCAAGGUGAAGCAGUUCCAAGGAUCUUCUGCCUUUGUGAAACGGUCACAGUGGACAAUCGACGAGCUAAGACAGGUCAACGGCAUUAACCCGAACAAAGACUGCCCAGAGUUUGACCUAAUGUUCGAGAAUGCCUUUGACCAGUGGGUUGCUGGUUCGGCGGGAGAGAAGUGCAUCUUCAUUCAGAUUCUCCACCACACCUGCCAGCGCUACAGCGCAGCGAGGAAGCCGGAGUUUGUCAACUGCCAGUCCAAACUGCUGGGGGAACACCGAGCUGUAGAUUCAGUCAUUUUCCGUUGCAAGGUCUAUUUGAACAGAAUAUGGAAAGAAUUUGUUGCACACCACGGUCAUCUGCUAAGACGAGGUAACAGCAUACUACACUCGGCUGCUGACAGUGUGACGAGUGCUGUGCAGAAGGCCAGCCAGGCUCUUAACGAACGCGGGGAGCGAUUGGGUCGGGCUGAGGAGAGGACUGCAGACAUGAUGAACAGUGCUGAACAGUUCUCUGUUACUGCACAGAAGCUUGCCAUGAAGCACAAAUGUUAGACCACCUCCGAGUCCAACUGAAGGCGGUGGAGGAGGCGCGGGCGGGGUUCGCCAAACGCAAGUUGCUGUACAGAAGAAGGAUUCCAUAUUUGACUAUUUUUUUAAAGAGUUAAUAUGAUUUCUUUUCGGUUACAAUAUUAACAUUUUAAUGUUUUGGAUUGUUGAAUUCUGGUGCUCCCUCUGAAUAGGAGGAGGAGGAGUUGGGGAGAGGAAGGUAACCAGGUAACCAGCGGUACUGCAGACAGGCGGCAGAAUGUUUCGUGCUUUUCUAAAAACAUUUAUGUGCGUGUACACGUGUUGAGAAGUCAGUAUCAGCAAUCAAUCCAUGACAAGGAACGGCUUGUUUCAUUGGUAAAUAUUUGUUGUUAGUUAUUUAUGAGCACUGCAGUGAUUAUGCAGUCUAAUUUAUGAUUAGCCGACCCUCUCACGGGUUUCACCGACUGGAUUUGCCCUGAACAUCAAUAAAUCCUAAAUUUUUUAUUUUCAAUUUGUUGUUUCCGUCACUCUUGGACGUUGCACUCCUUCCUUCCAUCGUUUCAAAAAUGUAUAAAAACAGUAUUAGUCAAAUGUUAACAUAAUAUUUCAUAAACUGCUUAUGAUAUAAUGUACAAUAUAUAACAGCCGUGAAAUAUACUACUCCUCUGUCAGAUUUGUCUACAAUUCAUAAACAACCAAAACCAAAUGGAAAACAGUUGCCAACUUUCUUUGGAGUGUUCUUGAAGAACUCUGAUAAGUUGGAUUUUUAUGUUAAAUUCGGUAAAGUGCUUUGCAUUGUAAAAAGCAAAACACAUACUUCUGUCUGCAGAUCUGGGAUGUUUUUAAGUGAUUCUCAGCUGUAUUUCAACUUAGUAUUCAGAAGUAUUAACUAAUUAUUUGUAUAACUUGGGUUGGUCAUUAUAGCAAUAUGUAAACUGAUUAAAUGACAAAAUAUCCUGAAUACUAGUAGCAGUGUGUCCUAUAGUUUAUUUUUGGUGUCAGCGUUCUCACAUUGACUGUUACUUUGGCUUCCUCACUUGCAAAAGAGCUUUCUCUCAAUCGAGAUGUAUUUGAUUAUUUUCCUGUCUUGAAUUUUAUAAUUCAUAACGUUGCACUGUAGCACAACGCCGAUGAGGUCAUACUGAAAUGUUCCAGUUGCCUAACUCUUAGUGUGCUUCUGUUCCUCUAACACUUUUGAUGUUUAUUGUUUUAAUAAAGAAAUGUAUACAAAUAUUUGA